AUGUGGUAUUCUGCUGGUGCGGCAGAUGGUCAACACAAGGGGCUGGUGUUACACAAAGCUGGAGUGAAAGGAAUAGACUAUGACACUAUUGUGUCAGACCCGCUGGCAACCCGCUACGUUGCCCAAUAUAUGCACCGAACCGGCCUUCUUACUCAGUUUCAACAUACUAAUCAGAAAGAGUCCGAUGAUGAAUCCGGAGACCAUGAGGUCAUGGAGCAGAGUCCUGAAGACGCUGGGUACCCACCACCGCUUGCUACCACGUUUGAGGAAGGCGAGAGCCCCACUCAGAUAUUCGAAUACACGCUGCCUGACCGGGCACUGACCAACGAUGAACAGCAAUCGAGGCUGAAGUGA